AUGGCGGAUUACGACCUCACGUCCAAAUUAGGACCCUUUUUAGACCGCCAUUUGGUCUUUCCAUUGAUGGAAUUCUUAUCCGUCAAAGGAUGGAACCAUGUUCGCUUUAGGGGCCAAGUGGUCCCCAAGUGCACGGGUCCAAAUCCUGGCUACAUUCCGAGUGUAGGAAAGGUUUUCACUUGGGAGAAUUUCCUGAAUGGCCUGUGGGGAAAGCUUGCUUCAGAGAUCCUGACUCAAAAUUGGGAGAAUGCCCUUGAAGAUCUGAAUCGCCUCAAGGAGUUCAUCGAGAGCAACAUGACCACCUCGCCACUCCAGGCCCUCCAGCAGCGCACCUGGCUCAUCCACUGGUCACUCUUUGUGUUCUUCAAUCAUCCCAAAGGCCGGGAACUAAUCAUCGAGAUGUUCUUGUAUCAGCAGCCAUAUCUUAAUGCAAUACAGACUAUGUGUCCUCAUGUGUUGCGGUACUUGGCAACUGCUGUGGUCAUCAAUAAGAACAGCAGGAGGGCAGCCAUGAAGGAUCUGGUGAAGGUGAUCCAGCAGGAGAGCUACACCUACAAGGACCCCAUCACAGAAUUCCUGGCUCACCUUUAUGUUGACUUUGAUUUCGAUGCAGCCCAAGAGAAACUACAGCAGUGUGCUGCUGUACUAGAAAAUGACUUCUUUUUAGUGGCUUGUCAGAAUGACUUCAUUGAAAAUGCUCGACUCAUGAUCUUUGAGCUUUUCUGCAGAAUCCACCAGUGCAUCAGUAUAAACAUGCUGGCUGAUAAACUCAACAUGAGCCCAAAGGAAGCUGAACGCUGGAUAGUCAACCUGAUCAGGCAAGCCAAACUGGAUGCAAAGAUAGACUCCCAGCAGGGCCAUGUGGUGAUGGGAACUCAGGCUGUGUCUCCAUACCAACAGCUUAUUGAAAAAACUAAGACUCUCAGCUUCCGCACACAGAUGCUUGCCAUCAAUGUUGAGAAGAAGGCAACAGCGAGAUACAGUGAGGGUCCAAGCUGGGCUGUUGCAAGUUAAUAUUUACAUUUAUACGGCCAGACUUCUUCAGCUACCACAUCCAAGACCUACAGUUUAUAUAAUGACAAGGUAUAAAAUAAAGAGCUGGAAAGAAAA